UUCGCUCAGUUCCUGCUCUGCUCUCUAAUUCCCCACAGCGUUCAGUCGGAGAGCUGCAAUUGUGUCGUCUGUAAUGUGUCUGAGCUGUUUCUUUUCAGCGUUUGUUUUCGCUUCCACGUUGAAGUUUUCAGCGUCCAGAGCAAACACUGACACAGUCGCUCACACCGUUAGCUCACCCUGCACUCAGUCCACUCCGCGCGCAUAGACCUCGCCUGAUUUGCACUGGCGCGGGUCAUUUCAGGUUAAACCCUGGCGCUGUGUCCCGUUCACUUUAACCGACGGAGAUCAACGCUGGUUCCAGUUGAGGCGGAAUGCACACCCACUGGGACUCCGAGUGAUAUUUGGACACGGGCUUCGUCUUGCAUAUGCGGUGUUUCUCUGGGGGAGCUCAGCAGCUCCUCAGCACGGCCCCGAGUCAAACUUGACUUAUUUUGGUAGGAACCCAGAUGUCUGAUGAGGCUCUGAGGAUGACGUCUUUGCCUUGAAGCCCCACCAGUAUGUCAGAGCCAGCAGAAAAAUGCUCCCCCCGCUGGAAAGAUGAGGCCAUUCAAAAUGGGUACAUACCAAGUUACCUGGACAAGGAUGAGCUAUGCGUAGUGUGUGGGGACAAAGCUACAGGCUACCACUAUCGCUGUAUUACCUGCGAAGGUUGCAAGGGAUUCUUCAGGCGCACAAUCCAGAAGAAUCUCAAUCCAACUUAUGCCUGUAAGUACGAGGGCAAAUGUGUUAUUGACAAAGUGACCAGAAACCAGUGCCAGGAAUGUCGCUUCAAGAAGUGCAUUGCAGUGGGAAUGGCAACAGACUUGGUGUUGGAUGACAGCAAGCGGCUGGCCAAGCGGAAGCUAAUCGAGGAGAACCGGGAGCGCCGUCGUAGGGAGGAACUGCAGAAGACGGCGUGGGACCGACAGGAGCCCACCCAAGAGGAGUGGGACCUCAUCCGUAUGGUGACCGAAGCCCAUAUGGCCACAAACGCCCAGGGCAACCACUGGAAGCAGAAGCGGAAAUUCCUGGUCGAGGAAGCAAUGCUUCUUAAUGAAAUAACAUGUAAUUUAUUCUAUACUUCUGACCAGAGUGCAGCGGGGGUGAAGGAAACUAAGCCUGAGGAUAUUGGUCAAGCGUCCACGGGUAAUGCACCUGAAGGAAGUAAAGUGGACAUAGAAGCCUUCAGUCAGUUUACAAAAAUUAUCACCCCUGCCAUAACCCGAGUGGUGGACUUUGCCAAAAAACUGCCUAUGUUCUGUGAGCUGCCUUGUGAAGACCAGAUCAUCCUGUUGAAAGGCUGUUGCAUGGAGAUCAUGUCGCUGCGGGCUGCUGUUCGCUACGAUCCAGAAAGCGAGACCCUCACACUCAACGGCGAGAUGGCAGUGACACGAGGUCAGCUCAAGAACGGAGGCUUGGGCGUAGUCUCAGACGCCAUCUUUGACCUUGGCGUGUCGCUGUCCUCCUUUAACUUGGAUGACUCUGAGGUGGCUCUUCUGCAAGCUGUUAUCCUGCUUUCAUCCGAUCGUCCAGGCCUAACUAGUGUGGAGCGAAUCGAGCGUUGCCAAGAGGAGUUCCUGUUGGCCUUUGAACAUUAUAUCAACUACCGCAAACACAAAGUGGCACAUUUCUGGCCCAAGCUGCUAAUGAAGGUGACGGACCUGCGGAUGAUCGGCACCUGCCACGCCAGCCGAUUCCUCCACAUGAAAGUGGAGUGUCCCACCGAGCUGUUCCCUCCUCUGUUUCUGGAGGUCUUCGAGGACUGACCAGUGGAUUUCUGUGUGUGUGUGUGUGUGUGUGUGUGUGUGUGUGUGUGUGUGUGUGCGUGUGUGUGUGUGUGUGCGCCUGGGCACCCUGGUGGUCUCAGGGGUGGAACCAGCAGAAAGCCCAUCACAACGAACCUUCUAACAGCACUACUGAGUGUCACUUCAUUCCACACCUUAGAGUAGCUCUCUGGUCUAUUUUUGGAUGAAACCAUUCCUGACAGUGCGGGUACAUGUGAAUAGCUUUUUGACUUUUCUGGUUUGUUCUGUUAUUGUUGUCAUGGAUAUAACAUCUCACCUCAGAUUUGACUCUAGGUUUUUUGUUUUCAUUAUUGUACCGUUGCAUCAUGGUAAUCUCAUCAACACUUGUUUGUUCGUUAGAAGCCAAGCAUAUGUUGUAUAUUCCUUCCUUUAUGUUAAAAUACUUGGCUGCUCACCUCAUCCGCAACACGAAACGUUGUCAGCAAACCGUCGGCACUUCCCCAAACCCGCUCCACUUUACCGCACCCGUGAUUAAUAUAUCAACCUUCGUCCAUCUGGUGAGUGUCCAGUCUGUCCGGUGCCUCGCCAUCCUACUGUGACCGUUAAAAACGCGUACUCUAACGGACGGCAGCUCGCAGGUGUCUGCGAGUCUCUCGGCAGCCGCACAUUACGAGGUUAAGUUGCAACGCUGCAUUCCAGAGCUGUCGGAAAAACAAACGUCAGCUCGAGACACGCUCCGAGCGAGAAACCUGAGCAGGAUUUUGCAAUAUUAAAGGGGACCUGUGUGUCUUUUCUCAUUUGAUGUUGCAAUGCUGAUUGUUCCUAUUAAACAUGACCAAAGUUUCAAAUCAUUUACUAAAUAUAUGUAAAAACAAUCCCAGCACUUGGACUGCUAUUAAAUCGAGGUUUCCAAAGGUUUUUCUCACACCUUCUGUGACACUCAUUUGCUGCAGGCAGUAGAGCUCGUCCUGAGCCAGGCUUCCUGAAGCCGUCCUAUUGGAAGAAAGUGGCUCGUUAGGUAAGGCGAACCUUAACGAGGCAGCGCUAAACAGGAUGUUUUUAGUCAAAGGAUAAACCGACAGUCUGCAUGAAGCACAAAUCUAAGGACACUACUCUGUUGGAGUGUCUCUACGAGAGUAAUGAGUCCCUUCAAACUUCACACGGUGGCAGUGCACACUGCAAACACAACUUCUCUCUGACCCUUCACACACACACACACGCAUGCUGGGCUUUCAGCUAACAGUAAGUCUACUUACCCAACCCUUAAAAUGAUAUGUGGCAUUUUGCAGUAUAUUGCAUAAAUACUGUUGCACUACAACAGCAUAUAUGGGCCAGCAAAAUAGUCAAAAGCCAGCUCUCUGUUUAUGAGCAGGAAGCAUCUUUGUGUCUGGUUGAAAGCUAAGAAUGUUUCUGAAAUCAGAGUGUGGACACUAAUAAACUGAGAGAGUGUCUCUCGCUUUGUCGUUGUUAAUUGCCUUUGGACUUAUUGUCAGACAACAUGAUAUGACCAGUGCUUUGAUACUUUAUAGACUAAUGAUUAAUUAGCACAACCUCAAAGCAUUUCAUAUGCAACUCUGACAGAUUAACUGAAAAUGCAGAGGUUCUGUGCGGCCGUGUUCAAACCUGUACAGUGGAAAAAAUCUUGCUCGAGUUUCUGUUUGUUUGUCUUUAUUUCGACAAGAAACAAAACGACGAAACAACAAAAGCAAAACUUCGAUGUAAACUUGACAGUGAAUGGAAUGCAGAAGCAGCAUUAAAAUGAGCCGCUCGUCGUGCCGGAGACUCGUCACACGGUGGCACUGAGGCCAGGAUCGUCUGUGUGUCACAGUACUGCAUGUUGUGCCAAAACUAGGUGAACAAUGCCCUCAUUACAUCCUCCCUCCACUUGAGUAUAAAUUGGCUCCCUGUUGGUCCUGCCACACACAGGCUGUCCUCUUUGCUGUUUCAGUCUGCGGUUGGAACUUCAACUAUAAGACCAGCAUAAGAUUUCAGUGUUUCAUCUCAGCCUUGUUGCCUCAAAGUCAAAUAAUUAGUCAGCAUUUUUUCUGUUUGUUUAGUGUCUCCGUGAGUGGAGGUGGACUUUCUAUUAAAACAGUGAAGUCAUGGUGCUAUGGUGAGUUGGGGCUAUGGCUGAUUGAAGUGUAAUGUUAUUUACAUGUGUGAAUAAGAGCCCGGCACCCUCGCAGGAUGGCAUGCAUAUAGUACAGUAACACACAUGCACAUAUACAGAAUGUACAGUACAUCUGUGCAGCUGUUGUGCAGCAGCUGAUCAGCCACAACAAUAAGACUGGCACAGAUGCUGGGUCCCACUCGGGUACUGGCAGUGGUUUUUGGAGUGGGCCUCUGUCUGCCUCGGUUGGAGGGUUGGGAAAUGGAGCAGAGAAGACCAGUGUUCACCUGUAACUGGUUUUAGUGAUGUGGCUGAUUGGUGUAUCGCUCACACAGAUAACACAUGGGUCCGACUCCACGACUGUGACCGACCGGUGGCAUUCGGAGGCCAAGUAAACUGUAUGCUUCGCCAUCACCAAGGUACACUGACGAGGCUGGUGAGAUUGUGAAAAGUAGAGCUCUUUCUUUGUUCUUUAGCCUCUGGUUUUGUUUCGUUUCUUGAAAAGCCGUUUGCAAUGUGACAGACCUCGGCUCUUUAUAUUUCGCUUUUUUGAGCUUCACACUACUCCUCAAAGCAGCUUGUAUUUUAUUUUGUUUCUUCUCAUUUCUGUGAAGUGAUGCCUUUUUAUCAAAGCAAUAGAAUUGCUGCAGUGUUUGAAUGACCCGGACCUCACACAUAUACACCUCGCAAACUGUACAGAUUCAGAUAAAUGCACAGACAAUCAGAGGGAGAGGCACCCGAGCUCAGGCUGGUCCCCGUCGACAUGAAGGGCCGGGCCGGGCCCUGCUGAGACGGAGCCAUUCAGAAACGUAACGGUUGGCCACGUUUACAUGCACCCCUGCGUCUGCAGCCAACGAAAGACUUUGUUAUGUGAAGAAGCCUUUGACGAAAGCUGUCAGAACGUGCAUCCAACAUCAACGUGCUAGACUCAUUAGCGUAACAUCACCUGUUUUUCUAAUGAAAUGAAUGUCUUCAUGUCUCAGUAACAGGGGCUGGCUGCACAAACACAUCAGAAGUUAGCUGACUAUCUAAUGUUCAACCCAACAAUCCCAGGAUCUCAGCUCAGGACUUCAAUGUCCCUUUGGUGUGCUUCUGUUUGUUAGAACAUGUAGAUUGAACAAAGUCAUGUAAAAAGCAUCGUUUUUAUGUGGUAAACAUGGUUUGUUGUUGCACGUUCCCGGUUUUUAGGCUCUCUUUCACGUCUUUUUUUAACUAAAGACUUUUAGUCUAGUCUCAGGAAUUUGGCAGUGUAACUUUUCAGACAUUCAGCUAAAGUAGCAGCAACUAUUGUUUGCAGCCCGAAAAACACAAAGCUGUGUUUGCUCUUGAUUUGGCCUGCCAGUCCUCCACCAAGAUAGUUGUUGGGCUGUAAUUAGCCGCUACCUCAUGGGCAGGGAAUUUUGGCCUGGGAAUCAAAACUGGAACUUUGUUACUGCUGUCAAAUGUAAUAACAGUUCCUGAGUUUGUGCAGAUGAUUCUGUUUUCCUGUGCAGGUAAAGAGACACUAAGAAAGCUGCAUAGAUUUUAACCACUGAAAGUCCAAAAUUAGGUGAUUAACAGCUUUAUGUUUAAUGUGUUUUUGUAGCGUGCAGUAGAUUGAACAAAGGUUGCUUUAACAGGCUGAUGAUAUUUCUGUGAAACCACACCCCCUCUCUGCAGCUGCCCGACAAUGCAGUCAUUCUCUUUGUGGCUUCAUGUUCAGGAUACUCAUUAUAAGCAUAAAAUGAGCCACUGUGUGGUCAGGACAGUGACAGCCGUCAGUUUCUUUCACAUCAGACCGUGUUCCUCCUUACUUUCUAGUUUGUUGCAUUUUUCAAUUUGCUGACUUCAGCUACAACGAGGGGAUUACUGAGACCACCUCCCUCAUGCUAAACAUACAGUUUGAAUAUUGCCCGAUGGUUUAUAGGUCAGUGUGGAGUGGCUUAACACAAAGAAGAAGAAGAAAUGAAAGUCAGACUUUGAAAGCCUUGCAGGCUUACUCGUUGGAGGCAAAACAUAAAGGCGUCAAGGGUGGCUCAAAACUUUUGCACAGUACUGUAUCUAAAGCCUAGCCCUGUGGUUGGAUGGAUGGAGCCAACCUGUCUGUGCAGCCAGCCCCACUGUCAGAGAAUGAACUUGAAGGUAGAGACGUCUCACAGUUAUCAUAAAAGUCACAUAGAUACUGUAAAACUAAUGCAGGUCACAGUUAAAGAACUGCUGAAGAACACAAUCAUCAGGAAUCAUGAAGAAGAAACUUCAGUAUUUUUGUAAAACGUGUAUGUUUCAAACAGUGACCUGGAUAAAAACAAAGAGGAGGGCAUUAUUUGGUUUCUGUAAAAAAAAUAUAAAUAACCUGUCAGUAAUACUUUCACUCAUAAAUGUAGUUGAGCAGUUCAUAACAAUAAACCUGUCAGUUUUAUGGUUGAGGCAAAUGAUGGCCUUGAUGUAGUAAUAUAUCAUCAAACUUGUAGACAUAAAGUUAUUUCAGUCUGUGGACGCUCUAAUAUGAAUCCUGAAAGUUUAGCUUAAAAAGCUGCAGACCAGCCGGGCUCUUUGACAGCUCCUACCCACGUUCCUCUGGGUUCUCCCCAUGACUUUGUUGGUUCGGCAUGUUGAUCAGUUAUCUGAGCGUUUUACUGAAAAAAGCACUGAGGAGAAAGUGAAACCAAAACAAGGAGUUAAAGCUUGCAAAGAUCUGCAACAGUCAAAUAGUUCACAGCAGGAUGAUGAAUGCAGCUUUAAUCCAAAAUAAUCGACAUGUUUUUUUACACUUUGAUACAAAUAGUUUCACUUUUUUUUCCUUUUUUGCGGGACGGCUAUAAAUUGGGUAUCUUGCAUCCUGGCUGUGUUCACUGAGCACAUACGCAGAGCUGUGGUGCAUGUAAACGUCGUCAUUGCUCACCGCUGGUUAGGAACAUGUUUAUUUUACCUGAGGAGGUGAAAGUUGGCCGUGAUCUCUCCCGUGAGUUGUUGCUCGUAAGGUUUCUCAGUUACAACCAAUAACAAGAGUUGCGCCAUAGAGAAGCUAUUUUACAGUACAAAGGAAAAGGAUGUAUAUUUUCAGACUGCAGAUUUUUUUUACAGAUGUUAGCAUAAUAUGAACAUAUUGUUUUUGCAUAGUGUUAAAAAGAUACAGUGUUGCUCUCAAAUGUAUUUCCACGUCUGAUGGAGACGUAUUUAAAAAAACAAAUGAUAAAAACAGUUAAAUUAGCUGGAUUCAAGUCCAAAAGAAACCACACAUGAGCACGUUUAGGGUCAGCGUGGUCAGAGGGAGGCGGUCAUCCACAGUCGGCACAGAUUUCUCUUCUCUCCUUGUGUGUUUGAGUGUCUUCUUGUUUAAGUCAUCUGUUUAAUGCAAACCGGGAAUUCGACCAGGAGGUGCAGAGAGAUGUGAAAGUGAAUCUGUGGCAGAAAAAAAGGAAGAACAAAGAAUAUUGUGUUCCUCAAACGGCUGUUGGACAUUUUCAGCUUGGAGGACUGAUGAUUUUGAUUUUGCCUGACGGGCGAUGAUUGCAGAAUUUGUGAUUUGGGUCUUAAGAAUAAAGAUGGUUUUGAGAGAAUUUGA